CCAUAAUCGCCCCCGAACACCGAGCCCAGAAACCCAGAGAGGCAGUCACCACGGCGACAAUCACCGCUACAGGAUUAGUCAAAUGCAAUAAGCACAGGAAAACAAAAGCCAACCAAAGCUUCUGCCGCUGCUUCUUCCGAACAAUGUCUACCUCUACCCCCCUGGCGGUCCUUGAGUAAUCCAAGUUGGUACACACACAAAGAUCGUCCAUGCGCAGGCACUUGCCAUUGGAGACGGGACUCUCGCCGAAAAUUCUACGGAAUACUCAUACUUCUCGGUGGACAUGGCGCACUGGAGGACACAGGUCCAGAACAGGGACUGAUUUGUGAUCCCGUCUUUUCUGGAAACUAUUCCGCGGGCCGCGGGCUCUCCAGGUUGGGAAAUCAAGAGCGAUCCAGGACACACCCAGGACACCCAAGGAGAGGUCGAGUCGAGCGAGCGAGCGAUGCGAGCGAGAUGGGCAAGUAUUCCGUACGAGGGACAGUUCAACCCUGGGACCCAUGACUUGCGGCAGGAUACAACGCCACAUCAGCCCCGCGCCGACGAAAACAGCCCUCUCUUUUGCAGGGGCAGUCGUGCCCCUCCAUCCCUCUACGGCAUCCCCCAAGAGGAACUAGCGGGGAGGGGGAGGGGAGGACGCGAAGCAACCACAGUUUUCGUAUCCCAGAAUUGCAUUUCUUUUUGUCGUGUCAAUGUCAAUGCUCACGCUCCUGCUCACAGACAAGGGUCGGUCGUUCUAGGAGAUAGGUAAUCAUCGACAAUCUACUGUAUAUACUUGGCGGAGCAAUGUCUCUCCGUCCAACCCUGUUCUCG